GCUACGCUUAUCUGAGGUCAGAGAGGAGCUUGAUAGGACGGGGGCGAAAGAACAGUACAACUAUAUAUUCAACCAGCAUCGAAUGAGGAAGUCAGUGUGUUGAAAAAAAUAAACAAAGAUGGUGAAGAUUACUUUCCAGUCGGUAUCGGCGCAGAAAGCAGAGAAGGAGCUCGAUGGAGACAAAGCCGAGAUUCUCAUGCCCUAUGAACACGAGCUGGUUCUUCCUCUGAGGCCCAAGAAGUCUCAUCUGAAUGGACUCUGUUGUCUCACCUUUGGCCUGGUGGUGUUCAUGUCAGGACUGGUGCUGGCCUCCAUAUACGUCUAUCGCUAUUACUUCAUACCACAGAUUCCUGAGGACAGUCUGUUCCACUGCAGGGUGCUGUAUGAGGACUCUGUGUACGCCCCCAUGCACGGCAGACAGGAGCUGGAGGAGAACGUGGGCAUCUACCUAGACGACAACUACGAGCAGAUCAGCGUGCCCGUACCCCAUUUCGGAGGGAGUGACCCCGCAGACAUCAUCCACGACUUCCACAGGGGUCUGACUGCGUACCACGACAUUGCCCUGGACAAGUGUUACGUGAUUGAGCUCAACACCACCCUGGUCAUGCCACCAAGGAACCUGUGGGAGCUGCUGGUCAACGUCAAGAAGGGGACGUACCUGCCCCAGACCUACAUCAUCCAGGAGGAGAUGGUGGUGACGGGGAGGGUGAGGAACAUGAGACAGCUGGGGCCCUUCAUCCACCGGCUCUGCUACGGAAAAGACACCUACCGCCUCAAACGCCAACGCGACGCACGUCGACGCAUUGACAAGCGCGAGGCGAGGAACUGCCACAGCAUCCGUCACUUUGAGAACACCUUUGUUGUCGAGACGGUGAUCUGCGACAGGGUCUAACUUUCCGAGGGAGAAGAUGGCGAGAUGGCCACCCUACACCACCAAGCCAACUCUGAAACCAUACCUUGCACAUCCCUUAGGCUUUAUAUUGCACUUUAAAAAUAUUGUGUUUGUCCAAUAGUUAUUGAUUUGAAUGUUUAUUGUAUUCCUUUUUUUUGUCCCAAGUUGAAUUGUUGUUUACUGCUCUGGUGUUGAUUCUAUUUGUUAUUGUAUUCCAAUGGUCUGUAUAUUUUGAUAAUGCCAGUAAUGCAAUGAAUCCGUAGCUUUUUUGUUCCUUGGGUUUUAAUGUCAUGUUGUUGCACAGAUGUUUUUUUCAUUUGAUAUGUCUUCAUUUGAGGUCGACGCCAGCAUAAUCAGAUGAGUUGUGUUGUGUUUUUACUUAAAUCGAUUCCGAUUGAGUUGGCAUGUUCAUCCUUUCUGUAUUUGACUUUUCUUCUAUUUGUAACCCUGUGCAGUGUGUGUAACAGUGAAGAGAAUUGGGCAUAAUGCUGCUUCAUGCGCUGUGCAGACAGACAUGUUUUUAUUGGUCUCUCGGUUCAACCAAAGUGAACCCAUGAUGAUGUCCUGUUUUGGUUGUCCCGAAUUGCCCAAAACAUACCUCAUAUUUUAGAUGUUUUGUUCACCUGUAAUUUAAAUCAUGAAUUGUGUAUAUGUAUUUAGCAUCAUUCCUAUAAGCAAUAUAUACUGUAUAUGGAUUUUCCUUGGAUUUCAAAUUCGAACGUACAUAGAUUUUUAUCUAAACUUGUUUUGUGAUUGAAUGAUCAUUUCUCUAUGGUUUGUUCCUCUUCGUGGUAUCUUCCACUCAUUGACUCUGUCUGGCUCUCACGUGGCUUAGACUGAAGUAGCAGUGCUUUCAAUGGGCCAACGGAACCAAAUAUAUAGUCAUUAACGCUAUGUUGAAUCAUGAGGGUGUUACUUAGGCAUAUUUUGGGACGGAUCUCAGGAGAAUUGGGACAUGGCCGUCCUCUUCCUUCUGUUUAGUGGGAUCAGCCUCUUGUCUGCAGUUGAAUCUUUGUAGCCAGUUUCCAUCCCUACUAUCCUGAUCUCUCCAUUGCUUGCCUGUCUCACGCUCUUAACCUUUUUUUACUAUACUAUAUGAUAUGGAAGAAUUCUGUUGCUGUUGUAAAGGGACCUACUGUAUGAUAUAUAUAUUUUCAUGAGAUGUCCCCUUCUCUUCUGACUCGCCAUGCUGUACUGUCAUUUGGCUUGUAAUAGCUUAUCUUACUACCUAAUGAAUAAACAAUUAAACUAUA